AGAAAUAUGCUUAUCCAAAAGUGUAGAAUACUAGUUAACUUGAAGUUCACCCGCAUGAAUUAGAAGUUCGGCUCUUCAACCAUAAAUCUUGUUUGCGAUUUUAUCUACCAGCACUUGACAUUCUUUUCCUAACAAUUUCUUCAUAAUAAAAUCAUACUUCAAAAUAUCUUACGAGAAAUUCACCUAAUGAGAAAUUUGUACAAGUAGAUACAAAAGUUAUUCACGAUUUAGAUAUCUCCACAAAACAACUUGCCCUUGGAAGGGUUGCAUUGAAGCCCAGACAGCUUGUAAAAGUCAUCAAGCAGUCUUCAAGUUCCUGUCACAAAAAUGCUCUUUUCUAGGGUCUCCUUGGCACUUACCUUUUCCAACACCAAAAAUAUUGGUAUGGAAUCCCAGCCCUCCUGCGGCAGUUUCAUCAGCAAUACCAGGAAUGGGUUAAUCUAUCACCGGCAGGGGUGCCUAGGAUUUCCACUCCUCUGACUGAGCCCGUUGUAGGGGGUCAUCCCUCUGGGGUGGUGUGUCAGUGGGAUGGGGCUACUAGGCGAGGCUCGCAUUCAGCUGGUAGUAUGAUUAUCAGGGAUCCGGGAGGACAGGUGCUGUUGGUUCAGGGGGUUCAGUUUGAUGGAGUGGAUGAUCCCAUAGUCAUCGAAUCGCUGGUGCUGAGGGAGGCGAUUAUCUGGUGUUUAUCUCUUGGGUUCUCGGUGGUUUGCUUUGAAGGAGAUGCCAAGGUGGUUAUCGAUAAGAUCAAUCAAGCAAGCACUCGGGAUAAUCAGAUUGGAGCCAUUCUGGAAGAGAUCGUGGGGUUUUUUGCGCUGCAUUCAGGGCUUAGUGUGCGAUUUGUAGGCCGGAGUAGUAAUAGGGUAGCCCAUUUGGUGGCUAGAAGGGCCCUUUCUUUGUACCCGGCCUCAUGUCGCAAUUUUGAUUUCGCUGCCUGGUUAAACUCCAGGAUGUAAUGAUCUUUGUUCAAUCUAUAUAUGAUUAUCUUUUGUAAAAAAAAAAAGACAUGUGUAUUGAUCAGCAACCUCAUUGUCAAAAAAAAAUGUAUUAAUCAGCAACCAAAUCGAGAAGGCAACUUUAUAGACAACAUUAUAUUGUAUAAGGAAUCUCAAUUCGCCGAAUCAAGAUCUUUCAUAAAAUCAGUUUUUAUUGUGCAUUGCAGUGUAAUUAAUACCUUAUUAGGGUAUUUAAUUAACUAGUUGAGAAAAUAAAAAGAUAUUAUCACUAAUUAAACGUCAUUGAUAGCAUACAAAGAUGGACCAAUUAUUUUGUACAAUACUCUAGUUGUUGAUUUCCCAACAAUUUAGGCUAGUUUGCUUGUUGGAUUUGAAAAUGUGAGUUUUGAGUUUUAAAAACCUUUGGAUUUAUGAUAGAUUUGUUGCAUUAUGGAUUUGGAAGAAUGCAUUGUUUGUUUAGCUAAUUUUUAUCAUGAAUUUAUGAUGGAUUUGUCUCAUAAUUUUGUCUUCCAUUAUCAAAUCUCAAAUGAAAUGUGUGAUUUACAAAUUCGUGAGGUCCACGGAUUUGGAUCUAAAAAAAGGGUCUAAAUCCUUGGGCUCCACGAACUUGUAUUCCUUAGCAAACAAUGAAUUUGUGUAAAGUCCUUGAUGCUUGUGAUUUGAAUGCCAAAUCCCUCACCCAAAUCUCACAAGCAAACGAUACCUUAGAUACCCUUGCGAGUGUUAUGAGUCUUAUGACAAGAAAUAGGCCUAAUGUCUUAUCAUGCAUUUAACAUUAGUGAUCUUACCAACCAUAAUCAAGAAAUGAGCACUUGGAAGUUGGAAGUACUUUGAUUCUGUGAUCUAUGACGGCAAGUAAUGUUCCACGGAAACUCGCAACAAAGAACAUGCAAGCGG